AUGAGAAAUUGAGGAAUGUGCCUUCAGAUGCGCUAUAAACUUGCGGCCCUUCUGCAACACACACAUUAUUACCAAGAAGAAGAAGAAGAAGAAGACCGAGAACACACAUUAUUUUCUUCUGGUUUCAGGACCGCGGGUGUUUUCAUCAUGAGGGUGUAUUUGGUGGCGUUCACGUUGUGCCUCAGUGCUGUAUUUGCUGCUCCAACUUUGGACAAGCAGUUAGACGACCAUUGGGAGCAGUGGAAGAACUGGCACAGUAAAAAAUACCAUGAAAAGGAGGAGGGGUGGAGGCGAAUGGUCUGGGAGAAAAACUUGAGAAAGAUCGAACUGCACAAUCUUGAGCACUCCAUGGGCACACACACUUACAGACUCGGAAUGAACCAAUUUGGUGAUAUGACUCAUGAGGAGUUCAGGCAGGUGAUGAAUGGCUACAAACACCAGAAGGAGAGACGAUUCAGAGGAUCUCUGUUCAUGGAGCCCAACUUCCUGGAGGUCCCAAACAAGUUGGACUGGAGAGAAAAGGGAUACGUGACUCCUGUGAAAGAUCAGCUGGAGUGAGAACUGGGGUGAUGAAGGAUACAUCUACAUGGCCAAGGACAGACACAACCACUGUGGUAUUGCUACAGCAGCUAGCUACCCUCUCGUCUAAGGAAGAUACCUCCAGUAUCAAGACAUAGUACCAGAAGGCCACAUUAGUGUCUCCGUGCCUGAGUGGUUCACUGAAACCCACUAGUGUAGUGAAAAAGGAGUCACCUGACACAUGUGACCGUGUCUCACAGCCUGAUUGAGACUGAGAGAGAAACCUCAAACUCUAUUUAUUGUGUGACACUGUUUUAGGGAAUUUUUGCAAAUGUUUUUAGUCAUUUUAAUGCCACUAAUUCAGUUGAUUUUUGCCUCAAUGUAAAUACGUGUUCUUCAGUGUAAGUCUAAAUGUACAAAU